UGAUUUUAUGUGGGAUUGAGGUUUCUUCAUGUUUAAGGCUGGGAUGUACUAUGUGGCUAUUUGAGUUCUUGAUUAGUAAAGCUGAUUUUUCUCUCUCUUUUUUGAUGAUGUUUGACAUGUGAGCUUUCAAGAUUAGAUUUUUAAUUGAUUUCUCGCUUUUGGAAGUGAUGGGUGCUUGUGGUUAUAGAUGUGAUAAACUGGAUCUUUGGAUUUAUAGUUUGACAAGGUUUGAGAAGUUACAAAUAUAGAAGUUCAAUUAAAGUUAGGUUUUCUAGAGUGUGUAUGUCAAGACUAUUUAGAAGAUAGUGGAAAAGAUCAAAGCUUGUUCCGAAUUUAAUGCUUGGGAAGAUGAUGGAUCCCAUAAAUGGAAGCAAAGGAUAAUUUGUUGCUAAAUACAGCUUUUUCUGCUAAUCUGCAGCAAAGAUUUUCACCGGAUAAUAUAUCAGGUAGGAUAUGCCUAUGUAUGGGCAGGAUCAUGAUGUGAGGUGGGACGGUCCUCGCCUUAUAGAUGUUUGCUCUCUUUCAAAUGGUUAUCCAGAAACCGUUACAUGUUAUGCCAAGGAUAUGUCUUGGACCGAGUCUGUGAUGGAAGGUUUAUGUAAUCCAGAACCCUGUUUUGAGGGAAAUGGUGAAGUUAUUACGCACGCGCCUCAGGAGGACUUCUCGAGUUUUCCUGCUGGAUAUUCUUCAGAAUUUUCGUCUACUGCAGAUCACCAUCAUGGAGAGUCUAGUGCUGCUCUCGAUUGGCCCGGUAGUUCAGAAUGGCACUCAGGCUCUGGGAUUCAGACGGGAGAGUUAUCACAUGAGGAUGUUAACCAUGGUUUCAUGCCUGAGAUGGAAGAUGAACCAGCGCUUUACGAUGAAAUGGGAAAAAGGCUCAAUCAGAUGGUUCCAGUUCCUCACGUUCCUAAAAUCAAUGGAGAAAUCCCUUCAGCAGAUGAAGUUUCAUCAGAUCAUGAAAGACUUCGGAAUAGGUUGCAGGUAUAUGACCUAGUCGAACUCAAAAUCCUGGGAGAUGGUAACUGUCAGUUCCGUUCGCUGUCAGAUCAAAUAUACCGGACACAAGAGCAUCACAACUUUGUGAGAGACCAAAUAGUCAAUCAGCUGAAGUCGCAGCCUGAUCUGUAUGCCAAUUAUGUCCCCAUGGCUUAUGGUGACUACUUGAAGAAAAUGAGCAAAAACGAAGAAUGGGGAGAUCAUGUCACUCUGCAGGCUGCUGCAGAUUGCUAUGGCGUCAGGAUCAUUGUGGUUACUUCGUACAAGGAUACGUGCUACAUUGAGAUUCUUCCACAGUUUGAGAAAUCGAACAGGAUUAUCUUGCUGAGCUUUUGGGCUGAAGUACACUACAAUUCAAUUUAUCCCAGUGGAGAAUCGCCAGUAGACGGUGGUAAGAAGAAGAAGACGUCGUGGUGGAAGUGAACUUGGAAUGUCGUUGGAUCGGAUGCUUCGAGGGAUCAUAGUUGGUCCAUUGUUGUACAUGCUUGGAUAAGAGAUGGUAUCUCUCCAAUGUAGUAUAUAUGUAUAACAAUUUUGAUGGCACUAGAAAUGCAAUUGGAAUAGGGAACACUUAAUUUUAGUUUCAUUUGUAUGACUGUCAAUGUUUAUUAAAAAUAAAAACUUAAAUUUUAAUUAUUAUA